AUGGUUGUUUUCGACGGCCACGAGUACCUCACUGAGGAAGAGAAGCGCCUCAAGGAGGAUCGUAACCGUGAGAAGUAUUGGAAGAAAUGGGGACCUCCGGAUGGCGACGCCUGGAGUCAUUUCCCGCACGCCCACGCGCGCUCUCGAGCAUUCCGAUGGGGCGAAGACGGUAUUGCUGGUGUCUGCGACACACAUGGCUACCAAAACAUUGGCUUCACUUUCUGGAACGAGGAAGAUGACUUCCUAAAGGAACGGUUGUUUGGCCUGUCAAAUCCUCAGGGAAACCACGGCGAAAGUGUCAAGGAGGCCCAUUUCCAUGUGGACAAUACCCCUCACUCUUACAUGAAACUCCUGUACAAAUACCCCCAGAAGAAGUUCCCCUACGAAGACCUGAUCGAAGAGAACGGCCGGCGCUCCAGAGAAGAGAAAGAAUACCAGAUCACAGAUACUGGCGUGUUUGACGAAGACCGCUACUGGGAUAUCUAUAUCGAGACCGCGAAGGAGACAGACGAUGCCGAAGAGCUCCUGUUCCGUGUGACAGCAUGGAACAGAGGUCCAGAUCCUGCACCGCUCCACAUCAUCCCUCAUGUGUGGUUCCGUAACACCUGGAGUUGGGGUAGAGAGCCCGAGGAUAUGAAGCCUUCGAUCGAAAUCAACGAAGAGGCUGGCGCAAAAUCACAGCAUCACUAUCUGGGUAACAGGUACUUUAACUGCUCCCCUUCGCCUGGUGUAGGAUCCAGUGGCGAUGAUGUUCUUCCAAAGAUGAUGUUCACCGAGAACGACACCAACUUUGACAGUCUUUACGGCCAGAAGAAUGCUCAACCAUAUGUGAAGGAUGCGUUUCACCGGUACAUCGUGGACGGAGAGAAGGACGCUAUCAACCCGGCCCAGAAGGGUACCAAAUGUGCUGCUUGGUUCAACUUCAACGAGGACGGCGGUGUCAAUCCUGGCGAAUGUGCGGUUGUUCGCUUCCGGUUUUCGCAGAAAGACCAGACUUACGUCGACGAGGAGCUUUUUGACGAGAUCAUAGAACGCCGGAGAGAAGAGGCCGAUGACUUCUACUACAGGCUCAGCCCGCUGCCCAUCUCCGAUGACAUGCGAAACAUCCAAAGGCAGGCUUUCUCUGGAAUGAUGUGGACGAAACAGCAUUAUUUGUUCAUCUGGGACCAAUGGGCGAACGGCGACCCUGCAAUGCCCCCGCCCCCUGACAGUCGAAAGAACGUUCGCAACUCGCAGUGGAAGCACAUGCAUUGUGACGAUAUUCUAUCGAUGCCAGACUCGUGGGAAUACCCCUUCUUUGCUGCCUGGGAUAGCGCUUUUCACUGCAUUCCUCUUGCGAUGAUGGACCCAGACUUUGCUAAGAAGCAGCUCGAUCUAUUCACAAGGGAAUGGUACUGCCAUCCCAAUGGACAGCUGCCAGCGACAUUCAAGAUCGAGCGCAAGAUGUAUGGCCGCCAAGACAUAGACUUCUUGGAGCGCGUGUUCCAGAAGCUGCUUCUCAACUUCACCUGGUGGGUCAACCGUAAGGACGCCGACGGCAAGAAUGUCUUUGAGGGUGGUUUCCUCGGUUUGGACAACAUCGGCUUGUUCAACCGUUCAGAGCCGUUGCCCACUGGGGGUGUUCUCGAGCAAGCUGACAGCACGGGCUGGAUGGCUUUCUACUGUCUCUCCAUGCUCAACAUUGCUCUCGAGCUGGCCAAGCACCGCCGGACGUACGAGGAUAUUGCGUCCAAGUUCUUCGAGCACUUCAUCUUCAUUAGCGAUGCCAUGACCUUCCGCAUGGGCUCCAAGGACGAGCAGUCCUUGUGGAAUGAAGAUGACGGCUUUUACUAUGAUGCAAUCUCUUGGGGCGGGCCCUGGAUGAAGCAACUGCCCGUCCGCUCGCUGGUGGGCCUCAUCCCACUGUACGCCACUGCCACUCUCGAGCCGGAGCUUAUGAACAAGCUUCCGUCGUUCAAGAAGCGUGUCGAGUGGUUCGUCAAGAACCGCAAUGACAUGGCUGAGAGGAACAUGGCAAGUAUCGCCAAGCGUGGCAAGGGUGAUCGUAUUCUUCUGUCGAUUGUGAGCAAGGACCGCCUCGAAAAGAUUCUUAAGAGGAUGCUUGAUGAGGACGAGUUCUUCAGUGAGCACGGCAUUCGAUCGCUCUCCAAGUACCACAAGGAACACCCUUUCUCCAUGGAUGUUAAUGGCCAAAAGUUCGAAGUCGGGUAUGUGCCUGGUGACUCCCUGAGCGGCUUGUUCGGCGGCAACAGCAACUGGAGAGGACCUAUCUGGCUCUGUGUCAACUUCCUACUUGUCGAGUCCCUGCAGAGAUUUUUCCUCUUCUACGGACACGAGUUCCAGGUCGAAUGCCCGACAGGGAGUGGCGACUACAUGCACUUAGGCAAGGUUGCUGAGGAGAUCCAGCAUCGCCUGCAACAUUUGUUUGUGAGAAAAGAUGACGGACGUCGCAGCAUCAAUGCCGGUGACGAUCGUCUCGACUUUGAUGAGCACUGGAAGGAUAACCUGUGGUUCCAUGAAUUCUUUGAUGGUGACUCCGGUCGUGGUCUUGGUUCUACUCAUCAGUGCGGUUGGACGGGCCUGAUCGCGCGUCUGAUCCACGAUACUGGAUUCAACUGUCGUCUGCCUCAGACCCCUCGCACCCCCUCUGUUGCGAUGUCCCACUACUUCGAUGACAUUCUCCACCGGAGUCUCAGCAACGGCACGCCUAAGAAGGGCAUGCGCCAUAUCCGUCGGUCGUCGACGGCAAGGUCGAUCGGCGCCCGCAGCGACUUUGAUGACUCUGUCAACGAUGAUGAAGACGUCCGCUCCACAACGGCGUCUAUCUUCCCCAGUGAUGAUCCGGAAAGAGUCCGCGAAAAGGAGGAGGCGGACUCGCACAUGCACCGCUACGUGUCUGACCAAUUGAACCAUUACAUGGAGCGUGGUAAUUCGAAGGGCUACGACUUGACUGGCGAUGACCUCGAGACAAAGGCAUAA